AUGAGAGAAGAAAAUCAAUCAAUGACUGUUCAGAUAAAAAGGAAAAAACAAACAAGUUUGAAAUGUACUGAUGUAAUUUUAAUUGAUGAAAAUUUGGAGUGUUUUUAUUCUUUAUCAAUUUCUAAAAUUACUGUCGAUAAAAAGGCUUUUAUUAUGAUUAGGCAGAUAAUGGAGAAAAAGGAGAGCUUUCUGCUUGGAAAUGAAGCAUUCAAGAAAAGUAAUGAAAUGGAAAUUGUUGGAAGAUGCGUGAAAAAGUGUCAUAAUCAGUUUGGAAGCAAUCAAUUUAAUUACAGCAAACAGCCAUUAAUCAUUGCAUAUUAG